AUGAAAGAUCAAAAAACAGUGAAAAGUCAUAUCAUGAUGCGUGGGAUGGAUCCGGGGUACAUCACAUGGUUUUAUCAUGGUGAACUACGUUCGAAUAAUCUAGGAAUUUCAUAUACUAGUGCUAAUUAUGGAAUCAACAGAGAGUCAUCAGAUCACAAUGAUGAAGAUGAAGUUGAAGAUGAAGACGAAGAGUUGCUGAAUAGAAAGGACAUAGAUCCCAAAGAUAUUGCCGAUACAAUAAUAGAAAGCUCACAUGAAGUUAGUGAGGUUGUACGCCUAGAUGACAUCGAGAACGAAGAUGAGUUGGAUGACACUUUGGUUGACUAUUGUAGCAGUGAAGAAGAUUCUCAAAAGAACCACAAUUCUAAUAAUGGGAGCGAUCGAUGGUGGGAGGUGGUGGGACUGCUGUUAGGGGAUAUGGCAGAUCCACAGCUGCCGGUGGAGUUCUCACCCUCGCCUGACGGAGAGUUUUUGGUGAAGGGAUUUAGAGCUGUUUGUUCGUUGACGAUAAUCGGGCAAACACCAGUCAAAUCUCCUCUUCAUCAGGACAGCGAGCUCGGGCAGCAUCCAAAUGGCUCGAAUGAAUCUUUCAUCGACUAA